AGUACUAAUUCCUAAAACACGUUUCGGGGCGAAGCAAUUCUAUCCUCAUCAAUCAUCGGUAGGGUUCCGGCGAUUCCCCAUGGCCGGCCGCCACCGAAACCCGCUGCCACCUUCCUACCCCCGCGCCGCCGCUGCCGCCGCCGGCAACCAUCUGCCUCCCCCGCUUCACCCCCACCUCCCGCCACACCAUCCCCUCGACGACUACCGCGACCCGCCGCGCCUCCCCCCGCACCACCAUAUCGACGACUUCCGCGAUCCGUCCCGCCUGCCGCCUGGCCACCCCGACAGCUUCCAGGAGCCGCCGCCACCGCAUCUUCGUCAUUUCGUGGGCCACGGCCACGGCGGUGCCGGUGGCCCCCUGCCACCUCAGCCGCAUGUGGUAGCAGCGCUGGAGGAGCGGCUGGGCGCCGAGAUCGACGAGGCGCAUGCGCUGCUCGCGCAGAACCAGCGACUGGCUGCGACCCACGUGGCGCUCGUGCAGGAGGUCGCUGCCGCGCGGCACGAGCUCGGCCGCACCGCGAACGCGCUCACUUCCGCUCAGGAGGAGAGCGACCUACGCCUUCGCGAGGUUUAUGAGAGGUCACUGAAGAUGGAAGCAGAGCUUCGGGCAGUACAUGAAAUGAGAGCAGAUCUUGCCCAAGUUCGUAUGGACAUUCAAAACCUGGGUGCAGAGAGGCAGGAACUCAUGGGCCAAGUUCAGGGAUUAACACAAGAUUUGGCUCGGUCUGCAGAAGACUUGCAGAAGGUAUCUGCAUUAAAAUCUGAGAUCCAAGAGAUCAAACAUGAAACACAACAUUUGAGAUCUUGUAUUGAGCUUGAGAAGAAAGGAUAUGCAGAGAGUUAUGAGCAGGGACAGGAGAUGCAGAAAAAUUUGAUUUCAGUGGCUUCUGAGGUGGAGAAACUUCGAGCUGAGGUUGCUAACGCGGAGAAGAGGUCACGGGCCAUUGUGUCUGCAGGCAAUCAAGGUUAUAAUGGAAGCUAUGGGAACCCCAAGGCCAAUUAUGCUGCAAACCCUUAUAACUCUGGAUAUGGCAUGAAUCAAGCAACUGCUGCCACUGAUUCUGGUUCUCAGUAUGGAACUGGUGCAACGCAUGGUUCUUGGGGUGCCUAUGACUUGCAAAGGGCGUCCGGGCGUAGAUAAGUACUGCGAAUUCGUCAGGUCUUUCACGGAAGCUUUGGCCAUGCCUCUAUGAUUGUUGUGGUGGAUCAGAUGUUGAACAGGUGGGGCACAGGUAUAGAUGAAUAGCGCACACAUUUGCUUUAGUUUAGCUUCUAUCGGCCUGUGCAAGGGAACAUAUAUCUGUUGCAUCGAGUGUCAAUGUAUUGGAAGUUUUCUAUCGAGCAUGAAUAUAUUAAGGAUACGAGCGUCGUGAUGUUUAACUAAUUAUUAUUAGUUCCCCUC